AUGGCAACUGCCCGUGGAAAGGAAUUAUCCACUGGAGUCGACAGCUUUGUUAGCUAUCCAUCUGCCGGUGACCCAUCUGACGACGAAAGAAUCUUCCUUUUUCUCGAUGAAACAAAUCCACCAAAAAACAAAGACAUUCUGCAAAAGCCUCGAGCUAGAACUUCUGCAAAACAACCUCUAGCACAUAAACCUACACAGGGAAAAGAGCCCGAGAGAACUUAUGGGGAGUCGCCCCUCCAAGCGAAACAAGAGCGAGGCCAUUCUAAAAAGACCGAGAAGCAUGAGACGAACGAGAGGUCUUCAUAUCAUCACCGGAGUCCAGCAAGAUCACGAAGUAAACAUAAUAUCAACCAUAAUAUAGCAUCUCAAAGCGCUUCCCAUUUUGAAGAAGCUAGUACUGCUCAGGGAACCUCGGGACAGCAUAGAGCCCCCAGGGACAAUUCUGAUCGUUCAAAGCUUGAUCGUGAACAAAUAUCUAGACUGAAUGAUCGGUUCGGACCUCAUGAUCAAAUGCAACGAGCUGCGUCAAUACCUAUGGUGGAGCCUACCAAUCAUGGAACGCCCGAAGUGAAUCAAUUCAAUAAUUCCGCGGGUCAAGUGUAUGAUGGUUACGGGACAUGUUAUGGGCAGCCGCGAUACAAAUUGAAAAAUUUCCCGACCGAAACGUAUGGCUACUAUAAAAGUAUGCUCGAGUAUCAAAAAGCCUAUCUUUCUGCAACCGAUCAAUGUAUCAAAGCUGAGCAUAGGAGGAAAUGGGACGCGGAUUACUCGAAAUUGAAGGGCAGUAAUGGCAUCUUCCUUGUCGAAGUACCCCUCGGACAUCCUCUUAGAAGGGCCAUUUUGCUGAUGGAUACGAGAAUCGAUACAAAAAUGAGUCCCUGGGAGGAUCUUCCAUGCGCACCUAAGCCCUGA